CCAUGGGAAGCUGCGGCCGUCUGGGUGUCGAGCGGGCGCGCUCACGCGGGGCCUGAGGGAGCCAAGACCCGGGAGGGUGUGGAAAAGGACUGCUGGCUCCGCCCUCAGUCCCUACCCUUUGUAGGCCGGCGUUUUCCCCUCUGAGAAACGCUCCUCCGCCCCGGCCUUCACCUGGAGUUUCUUCAGGCUCCAGGUUUCCCUGCCAACCACGAGGAGUUCAGGGAGGAAAAGCGGAGCAUAGGCGCCUAUAACCCACGCCUCCCACGCCUCUUCCAGCCCGAGAUCGCCCAGGCAGGGAUGGGCGACAAGAUCUGGCUGCCCUUCCCGGUGGUCCUCUUGGCCUCUCUGCUGCUGCCUGGGGCGGUCGGCUUCACGCCCUCCUUAGACAGCGACUUCACGUUCACUCUUCCGGCCGGCCAGAAGGAGUGUUUCUACCAGCCCAUGCCCCUGAAGGCCUCGCUGGAGAUCGAGUACCAAGUUUUAGAUGGAGCAGGAUUAGAUAUUGAUUUCCAUCUUGCCUCUCCAAAAGGAAGAACCUUAGUUUUUGAACAAAGAAAAUCAGAUGGAGUUCACACGAUAGAGACUGAAGGCGGUGACUACAUGUUCUGCUUUGAUAAUACAUUCAGCACCAUUUCUGAGAAGGUGAUUUUCUUUGAAUUAAUCCUGGAUAAUAUGGGAGAACAGGAGCAAGAACAAGAGGACUGGAAGAAAUACAUUACUGGCACAGAUAUGCUGGAUAUGAAACUGGAAGACAUUCUGGAGUCCAUCAACAGUAUCAAGUCCAGACUAAGCAAAAGUGGUCAUAUCCAAACUCUGCUUAGAGCAUUUGAAGCUCGUGACCGAAACAUACAAGAAAGCAACUUUGAUAGAGUAAAUUUCUGGUCUAUGGUUAAUUUAGUGGUAAUGGUGGUAGUGUCAGCCAUUCAAGUAUAUAUGCUGAAGAGUCUAUUUGAAGAUAAGAGGAAAAGUAGAACUUAAAACUCCAAAGUAGAGUACUUAACAUUCAAAAAAAGGGACAGAAAAAUGCAAUAAACUGUUACAGUCAAGACCAUUAAUAGUUGUUUGCAAAACGUUUUCAGGCAUUACCAUAAGUGUGAAAUAAAUAUUAAUUUUAAUGUGAAAGGAAAGUCUUCACUUUCAUCCGUGCAAGUAAUCCUAUUGUUCCAGUUGUACUUAAGUGUAUAACAAGUAUUUUGCAGGUAUAAAUGAAUGAAGCCAUAUUAAUAACGGCAGUUUCCUACGUUUGAAAAAAUUUUGCAAAUGUCAUAGGUGAUUUAAAUAAAUGAACUUUGGGCCUAAAUGUAACACUGAACUAUGUUUUUAAAAGACUGUUACCCAGAAGUUUCUUUGUAAAUGUGGCAAUUACAAAUUAACUGUAGAAGUUUUUCAAUAUAUUAAGUUAUAAAUCAUCUGAGAAUUACCUAAUCAUGGAUAUCUUUAGAAGACAAAGACUCUUUUCUCUUUUUACAUAUGUAUCUCCUAAAUGUAAAUAGAAGCAUAGCUGUGAAAAAGAGAUAUGUGGGAUUUUUAUAAUCAAAUAUAUUUCAUUUUAAAAUAUUAGCAAAUAGUUUUAUAGACCUAGCUUACAUUCCCAAUAGCUGACAUUUUGAAUAAUUCUUAAAAAUGCUAAGUCAUACUUAUUAAAAUUAGGACAGAUUUUCUCUUUGAAGAAUAAAGAUUGCUCUCAGUCUCUGUAAGGAUACAUUCUGUCUAAUCCUUAACUAAAAUACAGAUUUUAAAAUUAAAUGUGAGGGAAAAUCAUUUUAUUUUUAUAUUAUCAACAGUGUUAUAUUAGUUUUAACGUGUUUACUGACUUGGAUAAUACAUUAAUACCAGCAGUUGUGAAGGAAAUAUUGCUAAAAGGAUCUGGACCUAAUGUAAGUAAAUAUCACUUUUGUGUUCUCAAAAUCAGUAAGAAAAGAAUAAACUCAAUAUAAAAGAAUUUAGAGAAUAUCCUAUCAAAAUAAAGUUCACUUAAACUAUAAAUAAAGUAUUUGGAAUCUGAUUGGCUCAUCAUAAUGACUCAAUCCUAAUAUAAAUUAUGAGAUUAAUUUCCAGUUAACUGGAAGAAACUGUGGGUUUUAUUUUUUUAUAAUUGUUUUAUUCUGUUUUGAAUUAUCACUUAUUAAGUAUUCAGGUACAUUUUACAAAACAUAAGCCCUACUGGGUAUAAAUAUUUAUUACAGUUUUUAUUACAACUUUCAUAAAGUGACCUUUCUGAUCACUUUAUUUAUUGACAUUCAAAUAAGGAUUGGAAACCCACAGAAGUUUAAACACUCAAUAUGUGAAUAACCCUAUAGUCUCUGCCAUCCUGUCUUACUCAAAUACUAAUAAUUUAAUGAAUUAAAUAGAAUUUUUAGGUUAUACCCAUUUGUAAUAUUGUUUAUGACAUAUACAAGUUAGAAACAAUCAACUUAUAAACUUGAGUAUAGAACAACCUCUGUUGGUUAGUACUGCUGGAAUUCUUAAUAAGCAAUAAUGAUAUCCAGAGAGAAUGCUUUCAUCUAUAAUUUACACUCAAGAGUGGUACAAAAAGAGAGGUAUUUCCCUCCUUCUUAUAUAUUUCCCUCUAUUCUUCAGAAAAGAAGUUUAGAUUUCCCAACUCUGAAGCUUUUUAAAAAUGAGAUAAGGUAUGAUUACCUUAAUUGGUCAAGAAAAUGCUCCUAAGUGUCCAGGAGUAGCCCCUAUAACACAUGCAAGACAAGGGCCAAUAAGAUUUUUGCCUAUGAAGAGCCCUCCCUUUUCCCCUUCUGAUACACUCAUAAUAAGAAGCAAACUUAAAGUACUAUAGCUAAUAAAACAGUACAGAUAUAAACUACUGCAUCUUUUCUAUAAAACUGUGAUUAAGAAUUCUACCUCUUACGUAUGGCUGGUUACUGUACUUACUGAUUCUUUACCUAACAAUAAAUUUGUUACAUCACCUA